AAAGAAACACAAGUUCCUUCCAUCUCCUGAAAUCACAAAAAAUCUAACAAAACACACACCGCCCGAGAUGGCCGCAACUUCAACCGCUGCCGCUGCUUCUUCCAUCAUGGGUACUCGGGUGGCUCCCGGUAUCCAUUCCGGUUCUGGUCGGUUUACAGCCCGGUUUGGGUUCGGAAAGAAAGCUCCCAAAAAGACCGCGCCCAAGAAGGUGACUUCGGACCGGCCUCUCUGGUUCCCAGGCGCCAAAUCUCCUGACUGGCUCGACGGUUCGUUGGUUGGAGAUUACGGGUUUGAUCCGUUUGGUUUAGGUAAACCGGCCGAGUAUCUCCAAUUCGAUAUAGAUUCACUAGACCAGAACCUGGCUAAGAACUUAGCCGGAGACGUGAUCGGGACCCGCACGGAAGAGGCGGCCCCCAAAUCGACGCCGUUUCAGCCGUACAGUGAGGUGUUCGGAAUCCAGAGAUUCAGGGAAUGCGAGCUUAUUCACGGACGGUGGGCGAUGCUCGCUACUCUCGGCGCUCUAUCCGUCGAAUGGCUCACCGGCGUCACUUGGCAAGACGCCGGAAAGGUGGAGCUUGUAGACGGAUCGUCCUACUUGGGGCAGCCAUUACCGUUCUCGAUCUCGACAUUGAUAUGGAUCGAGGUGUUAGUGAUCGGCUACAUCGAGUUCCAACGCAACGCCGAGCUUGACUCGGAAAAGCGUUUGUACCCAGGAGGCAAAUUCUUCGACCCGCUGGGUUUGGCGUCUGACCCAGAGAAGACGGCUCAACUUCAACUGGCGGAGAUCAAGCACGCACGUCUUGCCAUGGUCGCGUUCUUGGGCUUCGCGGUUCAAGCGGCUGCUACUGGUAAAGGUCCACUCAACAAUUGGGCUACUCACCUCAGUGAUCCACUCCACACCACCAUCAUCGAUACCUUCUCCUCCUCCUCUUGAAAGCAAUUCUCCUUUAUCAUCUGUUCGUAAAUGUAAUUUGUCGUGCUAUGGAAAUCAAAAUUUGGCCAACUCUCUGUAUAAACAGAGCUAUGAAACUGAAUCAUGUUUGGAGUUUUUGGGCUUUUCUUCGUUUGGUCCAUAACACUAUAUUGCUCUAUUUCCUCA